AUGCUCGGAGGAUUCGACUACAUCAAUCUGGACGGUGAGCACGGCCUCUUCUCGCCUGAGUCCAUCGACGCGAUGGUCAGGACCGCAGACGGCUACGGCCUUACGGUCACCGCCAGGGUGCCGAAUCUGACGUCUUCCACAAUCAACCAGUUCCUCGACAGGGGAGUCAUAGGUGUGCUCGGUCCGCACGUAGACAACGCUGAGCAGGCGAAGCAACUAGUGGACGCCUGCCGGUUCGUGCCCGAUGGACAGCGGAGCUGGGGCGGAGGCCGCGGCACCUUUUACAACGACGGCGGUCUGAUCGACCAGCCAGGACUGCGACGCACCGAGUACAUGGAGCUUGCCAACAAAGAGAUGCUUGUCAUGGCCCAGCUUGAGACCACGACGGCGUUCUCGAACCUCGACGAAAUCCUCGAGGUCGAUGGCAUUGACGCCUUUGCAUGGGGGUCGAACGACCUCGCGCAGUCCAUGGGUCUGCCUGGCCAGCCUGACCACCCGGACGUGAAGGCAGCCGAGGCCAGCGUGGCCGAUCGAAUUCACGCCGCAGGACGCAAGAUGUCCUACGACAUCUCCUCCGCCAUCAACCUGCCGGAGUUGAUAUUGAGUGGCGCGAGAGCAUACUUGGAAGCUAACGCAUAG